GAAUUUUUUUUUUUUAAACUUCAGCUAAACUCAAGUAAAAUCAACUAACUGGCAUUUGAUUAACUUUUCUCUUUAUAAUUUUGAACUAACUAGAUGCCUUUUUGAUUGUAUAGACAUUUAAAGAAUUGUGAUUAAAUUUUGAGAUUUCAGAUUUAUUCCCCCCCCCCCCCCCCCCUUCUUCUUUUUGAAAGCAGUGUCUGAAUAUUUGUCCGGAUGGCAGUGGACACGGACUUCGGCAUGAAGAGCAGCAGCAUCAUGCGAGAGUGGAGUGGACAGGUCCAGCCGGCUCUGGUGGCAUCUUUUAUCUUCCUCUUCUGCCUGGAAGCCUGCCUCUGGUUCAGGAACCUGAGGCUCAAGAGGCGGCUGCCGGGACCCUUUGCCUGGCCCGUGGUGGGCAACGCCAUGCAGUUGGGACAGAUGCCUCACAUCACUUUCGCCAAACUGGCCAAAAAAUAUGGUAAUGUGUACCAGAUAAGACUAGGUUGCAGUGACAUCGUGGUCCUGAAUGGGGACAGGGCCAUACGUCAGGCUCUGAUUCAGCAUAGCAGGGAGUUUGCUGGCAGACCAAACUUUCUCUCCUUCCAGAUGAUCUCUGGAGGUAGGAGCCUGACAUUUACUAAUUACAGCAAAGAGUGGAAGGCACACAGGAAAAUUGCUCAGUCCAGUCUAAGAGCCUUCUCCUCUGCAAACACUCAGACCAAAAAAGCCUUUGAGCAGCAUGUUAUGGCCGAGGCUAUGGACCUGGUGCGGGCAUUUUUGCGACGCAGCACAGAUGGACAAUAUUUUGAGCCAUCUCAUGAAUUUACAGUAGCUGCUGCUAACGUCUUGUGCGCUCUUUGCUUCGGGAGGCGAUAUGGCCAAGACGAUCUGGAAUUCAGGGCAAUGUUGACGAGGCUGGACAAAUUUGGUGAGACUGUUGGGGCAGGCAGCCUGGUUGAUGUCAUGCCCUGGCUCCAGUCCUUCCCUAACCCGGUCCGCAGCAUCUACGAAAACUUUAAGAAUCUCAACGGGGAGUUCUUCGCCUAUGUGACAGAUAAAGUGACGCAACACAGAGUGUCUUUCAAUCCAGAUGUGACCCGGGACAUGAGCGACGCCAUCAUCAACGUGAUCGAGCACGGAAAAGAGAGCGGCCUGACGAAAGAGUUCGUAGAGGCGACGGUGACGGAUCUAAUUGGAGCAGGCCAAGAUACGGUAUCCACCGUCAUGCAGUGGAUCACGCUAAUGCUGGUCAAAUAUCCCGAGGAGCAAGCUAAGCUGCAUGACCUCAUAGACAAAGUGGUGGGUCCAGACAGGCUGCCCUCAACCGACGACCGCAGCAGCUUGGCAUACCUGGACGCCUUCAUCUACGAGGUCAUGCGCUUCACCAGCUUUGUCCCCAUCACCAUCCCUCAUUCCACCACCUCCGACGUCACCAUCGAAGGUCUCAGCAUCCCCAAAGACACGGUGGUCUUCAUCAACCAGUGGUCGGUCAACCACGACCCGCUGAAAUGGAAGAAUCCACAUAUCUUCAACCCCUCGCGCUUCUUGGGGGAAAACGGAACCCUCGAUAAGGACGUCCUCAACAGUGUUAUGAUUUUUUCAAUAGUGCGCCUUAGAGAGUGACCCCUCCCAGCCCGUCACCCAGGAUUGCUCCUAUGGGCUCACACUGAAGCCCCUCAGAUACUUUGUCAACGCCAAGCUCAGAGGAAAGUUACUUGGCUUGGUUUCCCCAGCGUGAGUAGCAGCCAUCAGCACUAAGACUCAAGGCCAGCAGAGACACUUCUCCACCAGUGACAUUUAACAGUGGGUACUAGCAUACCUGCACAAAGUCUUAAUGUCAAAUCUUCCUAUUUAAUGUAUUUAAACAUGCAUCGCAGUGUCAAAUCUGUAAUAUUACACCAAUUGUCAAUAGACUCUUGGCAUCAAUCCAAGAGGUUGAAAAGUUUGCUGGAUUUUGUCCAUGAUAUUAACAGUUGAAUGCUUUUACUGCAUGACAAUGUAUGAUCUGCACAGGGCAUCUAGAGACCUUUAAAUUUCCAUUUAAACUAACAAGAACGUAAUAAAUGCUUGUGAAUGUUACAGUCUCUUUUUGACUGACUUUUUUCAGUCAUAAUAUCGAAGAGUAUAUACUGAAUCGCUAUCAUAUCAUGGGUUUUGGGGAGGACAGGAAACGUAAGAUUUUAAAUGUUAUGUCGCCGCUAUCAUCUACUGUAUUCAAAGCAUGUGAAGACGUUGAAUAAAGACUGAAGAUGAAAGGAAAAAGAUCAUUUGGACGUGAAGAGGAAGCCUUUCAUCAGCAUCCAUCAGAGAAAAUGUGCAAAACUUUUGCGAAGCCAGUGUUUCCCCGAGCGCUGCCUGCCAAACACAGUUCCCACCAAUCCUCACAGCACAGAUGUGCGCCAUGUUUUUGUUUCCCAUGAGGCGCUAUCACGACCAGGUUUGUUUACAAAGUUUUCAAAGCUACACGGAUGUUCCUGCACCUCUGAAGGGCUGCACGCUCAGUGGGUGUUGAACUUCUUCGACCAACUACUCGACGGUGCUUCGUGUGUUGAUGAAAUAAAAUAAGCUAUAUCUGAAAUUGAUAUUGAUGGUAAUGAAAAAAAAAUGUUCACUGUUUCCUGUUUCUGGAUUUGAUUUCGUGUUAUUGUUUGUAAUGAGAUAAAAUCCCACAGUGGAGUGAGGCUGAGCAUCGUCGACGCAAGUCCCAUUCUGUACGAUGAAGGCCGUAUUAUCAAACAUGUGGCAGCAAUACGAUGCCACCAUUGUCAAGUUCUUUGUCAUUACGCAUUGUUUUUAAGUGAAACCAACCUUUAUUUGUGGCCGGACAAUGACUUUUUAAGUCCUUCGUUUCGUUGCACAAGCAAAUGCACACAUGCUCGCGUGCUGUGUUCUCAACGCUGUUUGAAAUUAGCGCAAUGCAGACAACUAACUCUUUUGGGUCCACCGCCGCGUUGCGCAGGGUCACGAGAAAACAUGUAGUGUGCAUAAUAUUGAAAUCUUAAAACUGUGGGCAUUUCAUGGAGAUAUUUAAGCGGUUGACAUCUGGUUGAUAACAAACCCGUUUGUUAAUUAUACAUAUAAAGUUUGAAGGAAAGCAGUAAUCAUAAAAGGUAAAGCUACCUCUGAAAUAAC